CCCACCAGCAACGUGCUCCCGCGCCCUGCUGCCCGCGCGAGGCACCACGGGACUCGUAGUUCCGGCGCGCGGGAUGUGACGUCUACGUCGGGGUAGCAGCACGUGAGCGCGUCCCGGAAGUGACACAACAAGACGCGAGGGUGGCGGUCCGGCUUUUCCCCAACCAGUCGCGGCGGCCUAGUUGGGUUUAUGAAGUUUUACCACCAGUUCAAGUAAUCAGAAAUGGAAAAUUCUACAAAAUCAGAGGAAUGUGAAAAGUUGUCUUUUGAAGAGGUGAAAGCAUCAGUAGAUUGUGAAACAAAGUCUUCACUCAAUAUUAAUGAAACGUCAACAGCUUCUGGGACUGGGCUUUCAGAAAAGACUCCUGUCUGUGAGCAAGUGGACAUAGCAAGAAAGAAGAAAAAGUUUGAGGAUAGUCAUGUAGAGGAAAGUUCCAGUUGUGGAGAAGAUCCUCCGUCUAAGAAAAGAAAUCUUGGUAUUGAAAUUGUCCCAGAGGAAAAAGGUUCAGGUGAUGCUGAUAGCUUUUCAAAGAAAAGAAAAAUGGAAACUGAUGGUGUUCCUUCUAUUGGAGAUAGCACUCAGAAAAAGAGAAAACUAGAACUUGAUGAUGUUCCUGAAAAGCAGAAAAAACUGGAAGAAGGACAUAGUUCUGCAGUGGCUGCCCACUACAAUGAACUUCAGGAAGUUGGUUUGGAGAAGCGUAGUCAAAGUCGUAUUUUUUACCUAAGAAACUUCAAUAAUUGGAUUAAAAGUGUGCUUAUUGGGGAAUUUUUAGAAAAGGUACGACAGAAAAAAACCCGUGAUAUCACUGUUUUGGACCUGGGAUGUGGUAAAGGUGGAGAUUUGCUGAAGUGGAGAAAAGGAAGAAUUAGCAAGCUAGUUUGUACUGAUAUCGCCGACAUUUCUGUCAAGCAGUGUCAGCAGCGGUAUGAGGACAUGAAAAAUCGUCGUGAUAAUGAGUAUCUUUUUCAUGCAGAAUUUAUAACUGCUGACUCUUCAAAGGAACUUUUAGUUGAUAAAUUUUGUGACCCAGAAAUGUGUUUUGACAUCUGCAGUUGUCAGUUUGUCUGUCAUUACUCCUUUGAGUCUGCUGAGCAGGCUGACAUGAUGCUCAGAAAUGCUUGUGAGAGACUCAGCCCUGGAGGCUACUUUAUCGGUACCACUCCCAAUAGUUUUGAACUGAUAAGACGUCUUGAAGCUUCAGAAACAGAAUCAUUUGGAAACGAAAUAUAUACUGUGAAAUUUCAUAAGAAAGGAGAUUACCCUUUAUUCGGCUGCAAAUAUGACUUCAACUUGGAAGGUGUUGUGGAUGUCCCUGAAUUCUUGGUCUAUUUUCCAUUGCUAACUCAAAUGGUGAAGAAGUAUAAUAUGAAACUAAUCUACAGAAAAACAUUUAUGGAAUUCUUUGAAGAAAAGAUUAAGAACAAUGAAAAUAAAAUGUUGUUAAAACGAAUGCAGGCCCUAGAGCCGUACCCUGCAAACGAGAACUCUAAACUUACCUCUGAGAAGGCAGGUGACUACGAACAUGCAGCAGCAUACAUGAAGAACAGUCAAGUGAGGUUACCACUAGGAACUCUAAGUAAAUCAGAAUGGGAAGCUACAAGUAUUUAUUUGGUCUUUGCCUUUGAGAAGCAGCAGUAAGUUCACAGGCACCGGGGAAGCUCUGUCCCGUGCAGAUUUGAAUGUCCAUCUCAGACAGACUCAAUAGCACUCUCUGUGUGCAUUAUAAUCAUAAAUUUUAAAUGUGCAGGCUGCUGCUGGAAACUCCAGUGUAUCUUAACAUUUGCUGUCUGUGACAGAUCAACUUUGCGUGUGUAUAUAAAGAUGGUUGGAACUUUCAACUUUAAAAUUUAUUUUUAAGUAAUGUCCUAAGAAUUCGUUUGCCUCUACUGUGUCUGCUGAUAAAAGUUACCAUAUGACAUACAAAAGCGGCUGAAUUCUACACAGUGCUCUGGUUUGUCGAAUGUGUGUUUACAGUGGUCCACUUCCUGUAGCUGUCACUGUGGUGAUAGAGCACACUGGCUUGCUCAUGUGUGGGCUCAUCUCCACAGUUUUGUCACAUAGUAAUUUUAAGACUAAAUGGGUCAUGUUGUGUACAUUUGAAUGUAAAUGUUCAGUAUGUAUUAUUAUAGUUGUAUGUUUAAACCUUGAUAUUAGAUUGUCAUAAAAUUACUUAGCUAGAAUUUUUUCUGUUGUAUUUCUAGAUAGCUAUUUGCUAAUAUGCUGCAGUUCUGGAACUGUUUAGAACAUUGAGGUGGCAACUUAGAGUUAUUUUGGGAUUUUUCUGACUUUCUGUUAAAAACCUUUGGCCAUAGCAAUCAUUGCACCCAACCAUUAGGAUUGUUACUAGGCACACUAUGCCUGUCCUCUUCAUUGAAUAGGGAUGACGUGGUGUAGCUUUUCUUCAGAUUUAAUGACACUCCCCCUCCCAUAAACUUGCUAGAUUUUUUCAAAUUUCUAUAGGUAACUGCAUUAGAAAUAUGGGCUUUGGAUUUCUCCUGGCUGAUGUUAAUCCAGGUUACUGAUGCUGAAUACCCACUGUAGUCCAGAAAUAAGUGCUUCCUGUUUCUCAGUUAUAUCAGUGCUUUUACACAGUAGGAGCCAUUGUCUGAUCACCAUUUUGGAUUUUUAUUUGCCAUUUCAGAAUCAUUAGCAGAUUGGCAUUUGUAAACACCUGUAUUUCAAGCUACUCAGGAGGCUGAGGCAGGAAAAUCAGAUCAGGCUGGGCAACUUAGUGUUCCAAAAUAAAAACAGAAGGGGCUGGAGUUGUAGUUCAAUGGUGGAAUGUGUGCAUAGUGUGAGGCCCUAGGUUCAAUCCCAACUACUUUAAAAAAAAAGUCAGUUAUAUAACUGACAAAUUUUUUUCAGAACUGAUUACAUGAACUGUUGUCCUUACAUUAUGUCAGGAUUUAGGAAACUUUCUGGUGUUUAAUACUAAGAAACUAAGAACAGAGCAAAGCAAAAUAACUAUAUUCUUUUUAAAAUCACUUAUUUAAAGCAUGGCUUACAAAAAUGUUCCUUUCUAUAAUUACCUAUAAUACUUGUUUUUAAAACAGUCUUGCUUUAUAUCUGUUGUUCAUAGUGUUAGAUUAGCAAAGUCAAGUAGCAGACUUGCAGGUGGCUGCCUGUGGCCAGGCAGGGCAGCUGGUAGUGCUGGGAGAGGAGCUCUUGCUGAGGUGCAGGCUUACCUCAUCGGGGCCGAUGUCAGUGCAUGUCUGGAGAGUUUGGCAGGUGUGCAGAACAUUUUCAUCCCGUCCUGUGCUGCCGUUAUUUGGCCUCAGUUAAUAGGCAAUACAUGUAAUUUUAGUCUUGUGUAGUCCUUUCCUCUGCAUGGGUCAUUUCAAGGAGAAAAGAAUCUCACCGGCUUAAAUAAUUGGUGGUAAAACAAAGCAGAGAAGAGAAAAGGUGGGGUUACUGAUGCUUUUGAUGUGGAAAAGGGAAAAGCUAGCUGGUAGCAGGAGGGCUCUGGGCACAGCCACGUGUUACAGAUGCUAGCACUAGUGCAUGCACCAACAGUGUUCCUGGAAUUGUUGGUCCCUUGCUUUAUCUGUUCUCCUUGCUGCCCCACUGCUCUGAGUUUGAAGUGAUGGGGAAGGUCAAAGUGGCAGGGUUGUCCUCCUGUACUCUGCAGGCUUUUCCUGUUUGGGUCUCAGUGGGGAGACAGUUGUCCACUGGUUCAAUAUCUGCCACCUGAUAUGCAGCUUAUCCUUUGUGGUGGAGUUAAAGAUGAAGAUCUGAGCAGCUGUUUAUAGAAUGGCACAGCCUCGUCUGGGAGCAAGGUUGCAUUGUGUGUGGCCAUAAGCACUGACUUUGAGUUCUUUGGCCCUGGGAUCUGCCUCAGGGAAAGGAAUAGUGGCCAGUGUUCAGGGUGAGACACUGGCAGUAGCAGUUGCCACACUGGUGGCACCCUCUGCUAGUGAGAGUGGGCAGGCCUACAAAUCACCCAAACCAUCUGCAUUUGGAGGAUGCACAAGCAAGUGGUCUAAUGUGACUCCCAGGGACACUUGACCUUGGACAGGAAAGGUGUUGAAGAUGACUCCCACUAAGGAGAGUGAGCCUGGGUAGACUGGAAGGUUGGUCAUGGGUACAGUGAUUCCUGACCCACCUCCCUGUCCCACACUUGGAAGUCAAAGAAACAGGAUUGCUAUCUGAUUUUACCUGUUCGUUCAGGAUCAGAGGAGAGGGUUACAAACUUUGAUGAGGUUGAGGCAGGGUACAGUGUGAUCAGCAGUCUUGUGGGCCACAAGAGCUUCAGAUCCCAGCCACAUUAGCUAUUUUGGGAAGGUGCCUGGACCCUGUCUUGAUUCAUUGUGUAAGUUGUUCUGCAUGCAUGUGGGCUGUCUCUGGUGAAGGUCUGGCUUGUUAGGCCUGCAGGUGGGGUGGAAAUGGCCAUUGUGGACAUUCUAGCUGCUGAGCAUUAUUUUCACUGCAUAAACCAGAUCUCUGUUGUCUACCUCAGACUCUGUAUAUUUGAGUUAGCUGGAACCAGUCAUUGGAAAGGUCCUUAAAUCUAAAGUAGAGGCCAAACCCAGGCACUUGGUUCCUGAUAGAAGUUGUACCAAAAUGCUUGUGUUUUGUGACUUGGCUGUGGGAAAUUUGGUUGAACCCCAAGUCCUCUCCCUAGAACUACUUGACUAUGUUCCUCAGGAACAAUAUUCCUUGCAUGAAGCCAGGUUAACAGCUCAUGUUUGUGAAGCUCCUAACUGUGUCAUUUGCUAGAUAUUUUACCUGUGACAGCUCAUUUCAAUCCCUUUAACAGCUCUGAGGUAAGUACCAUCAUUCCCAUUGCAAUGACAAGAAAGUGAGGGAGAGAGGAUGCUGACCAGGUAGCUUGCAACCUGGCUGCAUGUCACUGGUAAGUCUUCACCUGUUGUCUGAGCUGUUCUUUGGGGGGGCUCCAGUAUUUUGACUUAAAACGUUGGUGCAUUUUUCCAUGUUCCUUGACAGGAGUUUUGAUUCCUACAUGAAAGGCUUUGGAGGGAGGGUAGAGAGCUCUCCAGCACUUAAUGCACUGGCAGGAGGCAGAGAACCUUGAACUCUGCAAUAGGAAGAAGACCUGCUUCUCACAGCCAAGCCUAAAGAUUGCUCUUCUAGUGCUUUUCGCUUUUGCUGUGAAAUUUCACCAGGAGGCUUCCUUGGCCUCUGCUGAGGACCAAACAGACACAAAUGUAGCAUUUGUACAGUCACAUUAGUGAUUUUCACAAGUUGAUCACAUGCAUGCAGUUAUGUCUUCAACCCUAUCAGGCUCCCUUCUGGUGACAUCUUCCCUUGCUGUAACUAAUCACUGUCUGGUUCUUGGAGCAUUAUGUGAAUGGAAUUAAACAUGCAUUUGUUGUAUCUGGUUUCUUUGGCUCAACCAUAUGUUCAUGAGAUUUUUAUUGCAUUUGCACAUAGUUCAUUCUUAUGGUUGUGUAAUAUUCCAAUGUAAAAAUAAACUACAUGUUAUCUGAUAGAA